GCACCAAGGCUUCCACCUCCGCAGGGCCCAGUCUCGCGGAACUACAAUUCCCGGUACACUGCGGGGUGCGCAAGCGCACUGGGGCCUCCGCCAUGGCGACCGUGCUGUCCAGGGCGCUCAAGCUCCCGGGGAAGAAGAGCCCAGACCUUGGGGAAUAUGACCCCCUCACACAGGCCGACAGUGACGAGAGCGAGGAUGACCUGGUGCUCAACCUGCAGCAGAAGAACGGCGGGGUGAAAAAUGGCAAGAGCAUUCUGGGCGAGGCCCCGGAGCCCGACUCAGACACCGAGGCCGCAGGCCCUGCCAAGCCACACCUGUCGGAGGUGGCAGCAGAGGGGUUCCCCUCAGAGCCCCUGGGGCCCCUGGAGCAGAAGACCACCUCUCCCCUGGUGUCUUUUGUGCGCACGUCUGUCUUCCUGCUUACGGUGGUCUUCUCCAUGAUCCUGGUGCUGGUCUGUGCUUUCCUCAUCCCCUGCCCGCCCAGAGACCUGCAUAGCACCUGGAGCCGCCGCCUGGGCCCCCAGGGAGCUGGGGACCUCUCUCCUCUGGAACUGGCAGAUGUGAAUGGAGAUGGUCUGCGGGACGUGCUGCUCUCCUUUGUGACUUCAGGAAAUGGGACUACCAUUGUGCGUCCAGGUGCCCCCAAGCCAAUGGCUGUCCUCGUGUGUCUCUCUGGCAUGAAUGGCAGCACGCUGUGGUCCACCGCCCUCCCCGAGGAGGCCCGUGACAUCACAUGCUUGGACCUGAUGCUGGGAAGCAGCGCAGAAACCAUCUGCCUGGUGACAGGGACCUACAAGAUGCUCAGCGCUGUCAAUGCGACGUCAGGAAAAGCCCUCUGGACACUAAACCCAAAGCACUUAUCCAAUGGCACCCUAGCUGCCCCAGGCGUGCUGCUGCCAGAUGUGGACGAGGAUGGCAUCCGAGAUGUGGUUGUUCUGGCCAUCAGGGAACUUCAGCCCGAUCUGUGCUUUCUGCUGGUGUCUGGUCGUACGGGGAAGCCAGUAGGCCGCCCGGUGAAGUACAACAUCGUGGGCGUGGGAAAUCUAAUCGGUCCUCAGGUCUAUGUCACCAACAACGGGGCUGUCUACAUCCUCUUUGGCUUUGGAAAUAUCCAAGCUGUUGCUCUGCGGGACAUUUUCAUUCAGGCCCAGAACCGAGACAGCUUACCGACUUCCCUGCAGAUAGAGGAGCCGGAGUGGGAGAAGAGAAGAUCUAUCAACCUGUCUGAGCUCAUCGACAUCUAUGGUGACGGUGUUGAGUUACUCCAGAUGGUGAAGGCGCCCAAUUCCAACUGCAGCAACCUCCUGAUCACGACACGACAAGGCCUUGUCCUGCUUCGGGGGCAGAAUCUCACGCCAUCCUGGACACUGAGCCUUAAAGGCUUGCUCAGCCAGCCUACCCCUGGGUAUUUCACCAAUGAUCGGACACCAGACUUCCUUCUGCAGAUCAAGGAUGGCACUCGAGAUAAGAAGAUCAUGGUGGUGGAUGGGGACUCUGGUUCUGACAUUUGGAGCUACAGUGUUCCCUGCCACCUGCGAGAAAUCCCAGCCACCUCUGCCUUCACAUCAGACCAGAAGUCUGUCUUCCUCUUCUGGGCAGAAGAGCUGGCUGACUGGACACCUCCCCAGAAGGAUCACCCCCUGGGAACUGAGCUGCCCACCCUUUACCACCUUUACCUCCUGCAUCCAGCAUUCCCCACCAUUCUCCUGGAUCUGGCCAAUGCCACGGGCUCUGUGACGGCUUCUGCAGUUGGCAUUAACGACCUCUGGAAAGAUGCCUUUUACGUGACCAGGACAACAGGGCCAAGCUCUGAGGGCCAUGCAGCACCCCUGGUGGUCAGCAAGCUGAGUCUGCGGUGGGCCCUGAUGGAAAGCCAAAUGCUCCAGCUGAUGGAGACCACCCCCAAAAUUGGCCGUGGGGAGCUGCGGAGAUUCCUCUCUCGGAUAAAGUUCAUCGUCUCUCCCUACCAGAUCUAGUCUAAUGGAGUCUCCAGGUGAGAAGUGAGCAGAACAGAUGGCGCCUCUCUCUCAUCAGCCUGAAGCCAGCUGGUGUGGAGGAAGAUGAUGGCCUUACCCCACCUCCCUGCAGCAUGUCAGCAGUGAGUGCUGUGGAAGGCACGUUGGAGUUCUCUGCUAGCAACAGGAUGGGGUAUCUCACCUCCUUUUCCAUCCCAUGCCAACCCCUGCUAGGUACUUGGUGGAGGAGACUUUGGAAAUGUGAAUCUUCUUAAGAGUUCCAUUUUUUUUUUUUUUCUGUGUCUAAUUUAUGAACCCUUGCUGGGAAAUCCUGGUGACAUUCUUCUACCCACUGGGAAACGCUGUUCCCCAUCUUGCUGUGCGUGUUGUGUUUUGUAAUAUUGUGCUGAAGUCUUCUGAGACCUAGCCCAAGAUCCAGGGGCCAGCUAGCUCCUUGUGCUUCGGAAAUGCAUCUGGCUUGCACUGCGGCCUUGAGACCUGCUGACAGCCUACCUCGUGCCUCGAGGGCCACCCCUGCUCGCUCUCUCUGUGCCUGGGCUUCUUCCUACUCAAGCAGCAGUGACGUGUCUGGGAGAGAGGACUGUGUGGUGUGUGUGUGUGUGUGUGUGUGUGUUGGCAGGGGUGGGGGAAAGGCCUGCGAUUUUUUCAUCUCUUCCUUGUCCCCAAAAAGCCUGUUUGUCUCCUUGAAUUCUCCAUCUUGAUCUCGUGACCCUAAGAAUAUACAUGUUCCUAUUUACAAAGGAGGACAGAGGAUUCGGUGUAAAUAAGAAGCCUCUGACAGAAACUGUGUUGUCAUGAUCCUUUUGCUGGUUGUGGACUUAUGUGUGUGAUUUCCUCUUAAGAGGAAAUGGGGAGUGGGAAACAAUUGAGGUUGCUGUCCUUGUUGCUUCAUGCCUUCUCCAUGGUCUUGGCACUCUUCCCUGCUCCCCCCCCUGCCCCCAUCUGCUUUCUCUUUCAAUCAGGGAUGUUUUUUGUUCUGCUUACACAAGAGCAAAGCUGAUUCUGGGAGCCUGGAGGGGCUCAGCGGAUAGAACGCAUACCUCACUGUGUAUAAGGCCGUGGCUUUGAUCCCCCAGCACUACCUGGGGCACCAUGGACAGCGCCAGGGGACCUCCAUGCAUAGUGGACUGGUGCCUUGGUGUCUCUCCCUCUCUUCUGUCUCUAGAAAUAUAGAAUUAAAAUUGGACUUUGGUGGUAUCGUGCAUGUGCAAAGCUCUGGAUUCACUCGCUGGCACUGUGUGAAAAACAAAAACAGCUGCUUCUGUGAUGUUGCUGUAUGACUUUGGUAUGCAACCACUUUUUUCAUGUAAUGCCUUCGAAGCAUUGUAUUUCCAUCAAAUUACUGUGUAAAUACUGUGACUUAUCUAACUGGUCAAAUUCUUUAUCUCCUGUGCUGCUCCUCUCUUUCCCGUUGUAAAUGUUACUUCUGUUACUAAGUUCUCUCCUAAAUCCCUCAGUCCUCUUCCAGAAAACCUGCUUCUUGAAUUAUUGUCUGGCAUAGGUCAGCCCCCAAAUGCCACUCAGGCUCCCUUUGCUCAGCUUUGUAUCUUUUAAUCUUGUGCUAAAGGGAGUUGAAGAAAAAAAUCUCAAGACUCCAAAAUGAAAGCUUCCAGAUGUAAGAAGAUAUGUAUUAUCUGCUGGUAGGCAGGUGCAGUGAUGUGAGUGGGGAGUCAGUUGCAAUGGCUCACCUUGUCAGGCUUGGGGAGAUCCUCCUCUUCUACUUUCAGCUCCUGAAGACACAGUUGGUUUCAGCACUUUGGAAGGUGUGUGUGGUUUCACCUAUAGUAGCCUUAGGGGAAUGGCUAGAGGCCACCCAGGAGAGUGGGGGUGGUUUCAGAUCCAUUAGUGGGGUUAGUCUCUAGCUAGGCAGAAGAGCUUAGCCACAGAGUUUGGCCAUGCAGAGAGCUCUAAGGACUGAGUUAUAUAGUCCUGAAGACCUGAAUUGGGGGGUGCGGUGGGAGGAGGGGUGAGCAUGUGACAGUCUGGGCUCUCCAGCCAUCUGUACCCAGACCUGGUCUCCACUAGGCUCUGGGGACCCAGCUAGGAGUCAAAAUGUAGUGUUGUUUCUUGAGGAUCUGGGCUGGGAGCAAUGUCUUGGCAGAAGACUGUGUGUGAGGCAGAUCCUAGAAAGACUUGACUAGGAAGCUAGUUUCUCUAGGUUCUUUAGCUUGCAAGCAUAGUCCUGACUCUUCAGAAGUUUUGAGUUUGUCCUUGCUAAGUACCGUGCAAGUUCUGGGUUCCUUCUGCCUCUUGUUGCCAGCAACAGGAACAGUAAAUAAUGGUUGAAGAUUGAGGAAGCGUCACCUAGCCAGAGUGGGUGCUGGUCUCUUGUCAAAAGUGCCCCCUAAACUCGCUUCUCCUUAAGGAAUUAGCUACCAACCCAACAGGGGAGGCAAGUGCUCCUUCCUUCAUUUGCCCACAGCACGACUUCCAGCUCAGUGACCACUGCUCAAGCAUCACAGUGACUCCUACAACUGCCAAGCUCUGCCCUCCAGCCUCCCUUCCCCUUCCAGGAUUUUCCUGCUCCCCAACACCCAGAGUGUCUCAACAUUUUUCUGCUUUGGUGACCCCAUACCCUUGAAUAUGAAUUGUUAUUCUCUUUCCCCUACUGAAGUAGAGCCAGUGGGCUAUAGUCAGGAAGCAGUAAUGAAAUUGUGAAUUCUUAGGGGAAUAAAUACCACCUGUAGGAGCGUG